AUGUCAGGUGAUACAUCACUUAGCUUCCAGAAAAUCAGUGGCCGCCCAUCUCCAAAUGAUAUUAAAAGUUAUGAAUACUCACAAAAUUCAGAAGCCGGUGACCUAAGCGUAUACAGUGAAUAUUGUACUAAAGUCACCGACACUCUAAGUCAUAAAUCAGAACUCGAUCAUGCUGAAGAUGAUGAACCGCCUAGUCCUUUAUCACUUCAACAAGAUGGUGUAUUCUCAUUGGUUCAAAGUCCACCAUUUGAACAUGAUCAAACAGAUCGUAUGUCUCCUGAAAAUCAUCAUCAUAUCAUCUCAGAAUUAUUUACUGAUUCAAAGAGUAAAACACGCGCAAGUUUAUCUGAAGCUGACUCUGUUGUAAUAACUGAUCAAACAAAAGCACCUGUUUGUAGUACUAUUGCUUGGAUAUCUUCUGAUCUGCACAAUAUAAGUCAGUCAGAACAGGCGAACUCAAUCUCCGGAGAUAUACCUAGUCUACCGUGUCCAGGAAAUCUUCCAAUUAUUAACAACAACAACAAUAGUAAUACAAAAGAUCAUCUUCUUGCUGUUGUUGACUCUUCUCAAAAUUCUGUAAUGAAUUCUCCUACUCCAAAUGUAGAAGGACCCAAACAGGAUGCUUCUUCAACAACAGUGAUCAAACAAACAAAUUUAUCAGCUAUUGCAUGUAGAAAAAGUGUAAAAGAGCUUUAUGGACAACCAAGUUGGUGGGGUGAUGGUGACAAUGACUAUUCUUACCCGCAUACAUCAUCCUUUAAGAAUCAAGAAGCCUUCCAACCUGCUUUUCGAAAAUACAGUGCAGAAACUGAAGUCAAUUCAGUGUCGAAUGAAAAGUCUGUCAGACCACCGGCUGAAGCAUUUGUCGUGGAUUUUGGAUCUCCUUCAAGACCUCGUUCAGAACGACCUGCGUCAUUAUCUGGUAGCCUUAGUCAGUGUAUUCCUGCUAAACUUCGUCAAGGCUUGGAUGAGAGGGAAAGAAGAAAACGCGAGAAACAAAUGGAAGUUCGAAGACUGUCAACCUCUGGAGUGGCGAAUAAAAAUACAACCAGUAGUGGACCAAGUUCUAAUUCUCGUGGUGCCUUAUCCUUAUCUACAAAAUCUUCAACAGUAGUACGUACAACAACUACUCCAGCCACUGCUUCUGCUGCCGCCAAAACAGCGACAUCAACAACAACAAAAACAAGAACAAGUACUGUGAAUUCAAUACGAUCAACUGCAGCGUCUAACAAGACUACACGAUUAUCUGGAACAUCAGCUGCAACAGCUGUGGGAGUAGAAAAUCGAUCUAGUAGUAGUAUUAAUAAUAAUAAUAAUAAAACCAGUUCAUUAACACAAAGAAGAAGAAUAGACUCAGCGUCGAAUCUUACUGUGAAUAGUAAUACUGCUUCUAGAUCGAAUUUAACCGAUCGAUCUAGAGGUAGAAUGUCAAUUCAAAAUAGUACUUCUCGAGAACCACUAUCAACACAACAGACAAGUAGAACAAAUACCAGGCCACCAUUUUCAGCUGGUGGACGUCGUAUUUCAACCGGUGCUACAUCCUUAGCCAGUCAGAAUACAGCUCCAAGUCAGUUGCAACGAUCUAAACUAUCAUCACCACCGACUCGUGGUUCAGUGCCGCCAGCGACAAGUACAGGUUUGACAAGUUCUCGUUCCUACCUGCGUGGAGCAUCAUCUGCAACUAGACAAGCUUCUACACAACGACGUGGUACAACUCGUGGUUUUAUGACACCGACAACAAGUUCAGAUGCAAAACAAGUUCGUGCCAGAGAAUGUAUUCGAUCUGUACCAAAUGAAAGUCCUAUCUCUUCAUCUCCUCAAUAUGAUACCCGCAGAAUUUAUGAAUCACCGCUAAGUAAUAGUAAUAAAAAGCCAAUUACAAGUACAUUUCUUCGUCGUGGAACAAGUCAAAAUCGUGGUGGUGGUGGUGCUGGCACUGUUAGACGUAAAUUGUCUACAGAUAAUAUUGAUCAGUAUUCAACUUCUAACAAGUCAUCAUCACGAAUUUCGGAUCUGACAGCAUCAGUUGUUGCUGCUAUCGAAGCAUAUGAUGAUCCUAAGGCUUAUUUAUUCUAUAGAAUGUUUCAAGGUAGUGAAGAAACUGAACGUACUACAAAUGGUAUCUUUCAGGCAUUUUCAUCUUAUUCAUCAAAUUUUCAAGAUUUAUCUCCUGAAGUGAAUUCAAAACCUCUGGUGAAUAUUGAUUCCAGUGCUUAUAAUGAUGAUGUUGAUCCUGAUGCUGGUGUUGAUGCUGAUGAUGAACGGUUGCUGACUACUUCUCAGAUGAAGAUGAAACAUUUAUCAAAGGAUGAUUCUUUCAAUGGACGAAAUAAGUGCUUCGGUUCACCAGAGAAUAAUGUCGCAGAUGAAUAUGAUACACUGAAUUGUCGAACAGAUUCAAAACUCACUACUUCAUCAAAUGUAUGGCAUAAUCAGCUAGAACAAGGGAACUCUCAGCUAUCGACAACAUCGAAACCACGUAAAGGUCAAAAAGACUCGAAUAGCAGCACAAUUCUCCCGAGUGAUAUUCAAAGGCCAAUGGAAUCUCAUGGAUUAUCAUCAAAUAAUAAAAAUAAAGUUCAUGGUGGAGGAGUUGUUGACGAUGCCCAAGCUGAUGAUGAUGAUGAUGCUGAUGAUGUCAUCGAUCCGACAAUCAAAUCGAUGAAUAUAUCAUUGCUAGUUAGUACUUCAGUGACUAGUUUAACACCGAGUCAUACAGGUACUUAUGUUAUCGAGGGAGAUGAAACUGCUGGGGUUGAUCAGUGUUUAUCACAGCAUUCAGACGACAAAGACUUGUAUCCACGUAAAGAAUCCGAUUUAUUAACACCUCGUGGUGGUAGUCCUUCAGAUGGAAAUGAAAAUAAUGAACACUUAAAACGCUUGCCUGGAGGUCACUCAACAAAUCAACAGUCUAGAAGGCUUCCAAAGGGGUUUGAGAAUUCCAUGUCAUCUUCAGUGGAUCAAAUACAAACCCAUUUGCCGUCAUCAAAACUUUUCCAGCCUACAACACGUAAAAAAAGAAUCAAUUCAGAUCAUGAAGUGAUUUCAUCUUCAACAGAUUUGCAUCAAUCUCAAACAGUUGACAAAUCUCUACACCUUGUACAGGCUAGUUCAACAGUUUGCCUUAGCGAAAAACUGGAUGAUACUUCUCAUGUCAGAGGCGGGAGAAGGAGGAGGAAUAGUUUAGAGGAUAGUGAUGUUUUCGGUGCUUCAUCGGUCAGCCUUACACCAUCGCACACGGGUACUUAUGUCUUAGAUAUGGAUGAGACAUUAGCUGCACAAGGUGGUAUCCUUCCGGUUGUUAUUUCUAGCAGUGAGAAAGCGUCAACUUCAAUAACUACUGAUUCCGGUUUAACUAGCAGUUAUUGUCCUGAAUCGAUAAGAACGCAGACUGCUGAAACUAUCACUCCCAGAGGUAGUCCUAAUAUUAAGGAGAAAUUAUGGGAUGUUGUAGAGACUGAAGAAGACAGCAAUAAUGACGAGGAUAGAUUGUUAGUUGUUGCAUCGAAUGAAAUACACGGAAAUGUAUUUUCAUCACAAUUUCCUGAAAGUAAUAAUAAUAAUCAUAAUAAUAGACAAUAUGAAGUGUUGAAUAAAUGUGACACUGAAUUAGAUGCACAUUUUGCUAUGGAAUCGUUAAGAGCGGAAUUUGAAGACACGUAUAAAUUACUUCCAUCGCCUGUUCAAUUUCUUGCAACAAAUAGUGCUGUCGAUUCAUCAUUUUCAGAAUCGGAAUCCCGAUCACCACAAACAAAAUCCACUGGAUUGCCUAUUAUACACGGGAAGAAAUCUACACGUUCUAUCCCGUUGGUGAAUACUACAAAUGCGCCAGUACAAUAUAUGAGUGGUAUUGUCAAGUCAACAACACAAGCCAGUAGUACUAGUCAUACACCAGUGAACAAUUUACAAAAUGAUAUUGUUAUUGCAUCAGCAUGUACAUUUAAUAAUGAUACGAAAUAUUCAACUAUGCGUGCGUGCACAAAUGAUGGUCAUUCACAACAAACCUCUUCUGUUGUCGGUUUAAAACUACCUGAUCUUUCUUCGUCAGCAACAUCAUCUUCAUCUUCAAAUACUCCGUCUACUCCAUCAUCUUCAUAUACAAAUAAUAUUUUGAAGAAAACAAGAGAAUUACUCGAAGGAUUUGAUAAACAGCCUACUUCGUAUAAAUCUCAUCCGAAUAAAUUUCAAAAUAUGCUUCGUACACAUUCAUGUCAUCGUCGAAAAUCCCAGUAUUAUUACGCACACGGUGGUUCGGCGUCUGUACCAGAUCCAGCUUCUCCUGUACGUUCAUGGUCAUCAAUAUCAUCGGGAACUGAGCAUAGUUUAACUAAUCGUAUUGUAUGCCGUACACGUAAACAGCUACGGGAUCAAACUGAUUCAGGUUUCAUAGAAACUAAUGACUUGAUGAUGAAACCAACAACAAAUUCAAAUAAAAUGUUAUCACAAAAUUCUAGUUCAGCAUUUCUUGAAAAGAAACCAGACAAUCGUAUUAGUCCAAAUGCUUACAACAGUCGAAUCAAUAUACCACAAUAUGAUACUGAUGUACACUUUAGAAAGUCAGGUGAAAUAGACUCACGCACUUAUACACGUCGAAAAUUUUCACGAUCUGGUGAUCGAAGUGAUUCACAGAAGUGUUUAGCUUCAUUCGAUGCUGAGUCAUAUCAAGCCUGGGUAUCUCGUAUGUCUGAGCUUGCUCGAGGUCUUAAUAGUUUAGCAAAAGAACCGCUUUUCCAAUCAAGUGGCAGUUUAGAUACAGAAAGUAAAGAAGAAUUUCACGAGUGUGGAGCAUGCCUAACUUCUAAACCAAGCACUGUACCAGUAUUAAAUGCUUCACAAACUAUUCCAACACUACCAGAUAGUACUACAGGUCCUGGAUCCGUUGUCGAAGUGGAACGUUCUGCAUUUACAACACCUUUACCUCAACGUUCACCGGAAGCAAUGCUGGCUGCAUCGAACUAUAGAAAUUUAUCAAUGAAUCAAAUGCAAGCAGAUUUGCUUAAUUCUAGUGAAUCGGCGAAAAUCUAUCUACCUGCAGCAGUAGUAAAUGCUGGUGUCAGUGAAAAAGUGGCAGAUCUCAUUCCUUCACCAUAUCCAUUCCCGCUAAGUCCAAAUUUCGAUCCUAACACUUGUGAUCCAAAUGAAUCAGCUAUUUAUUAUUCUCUAAUGGUUGAUACAAUACGUUAUUUGUCAAUAAAACUACGUCAGUUCUCUGAUAAAUUAGCUCAUCGAUUAAGUGAUACCCAACAACAACAACAGCAGCAUCAAUCGAUUUCUGGAAGAGGUAGUACAGCAGUGUUGAAUCCUCAGUUAUCUCAACAAAGAAGCGUUGAUGUACAAUCUUCAACAAAGUAUGCACUGAAUGAUACUUUAGAAAAUAUGAAAGCAGUUAAUCAACAACUUCAGUUGGUCGGUAAAUUAUUAUUUUCUAACGAUGCCAAUAAUGAACUAAACAGUCAAAUAGACAGCGCUACCAGUUGUGAAUAUUUACAUAAAUUAGAACAAUUAAAUCAAGAAUUACACCGUUUCAUCCCAAUUGAACCAGCUAGUGCUCAAUACACCACCAAUGAAUUUAUCCAAUUGCCAAUGAAAAACACUCAACCAACAACAGUAUUAAUGACUGCAUCAAAAGAACAAGUGGCCUUUGGUACUGUCUCCACUACUAUCUCCAGUAAUAAUAAUAAUAAUAUUAAUAACAAGGAUAGUACUUCUGAUGUACAAUUCACCAAUAGUCAACCGGCCAGCCUACCGAUGAUUUCAUCUGAUUUUAUGAAAAUGACUCAACCGUACAGCAGCAGCAGCAGCAGCGUUCCAUCGAAUACAAAACAGCCGCCCGUACAUCAAACUCGACCGCCUAGUCAAUACCAUCAUCUGUAUCCUGAAGUAAAAGAUCCUAAAAGUAACCAUCUAGAGGAUUCUGUAAAGCUGUUAUCAUCUAUACCAUAUGAACAGAUUGCUUCUUCAACCACUACUCCUCCUACUGCUACUAUUCUGCCUAAUAUGAAUGCUCUUCAGACAAGUAUACCGCCUUUCUCGUCUAAUACUACUACUUCUUCCUCUUCCUCGUCAUAUACUACUCAUCACAAUACAGCGAGUAGUAGUAUUAGUAAUAACAGUAAUAAUUUUUCUAAACAAUUAUUAUUAGGUGAUAAUAUUGUAUAUUCAACUGAUUAUCAUCUGCCUGGUGUUGCUUUUAUCACACAAUCUACCAGUAAUAAUAAUACUACUACUAAUAAUAAUAAUAAUACUAGUAACAAUGAAUUACUAGAUGACGAGUAUUACUGAACAAGUCCUCCGUUUUUCUCCGGCUUUGAUUUCGCUUCAGUUGGCAUGCUCAGUUUAACCACGUUUGCGCCGAGCACAACCACCCGUGCCACUCCUCACGCUGGUGGCUGGCUUAAGGGAGUUGGUUGGUGGUGUUUGCCGCCCCUGCUUUUUCCCCCUUCCAUCUCUCUCUUUUGCCCAUUCUUGUUUAUUUGUUUCUGUCUUUUUUAAUUUCUACUUCUUUUUUUCCUCUUCUAUUGAAAACUAUUUUUCUUUUUUGAUGCAAUCAUCAUAAAGAAUCCGGUGUACAACAACAAUGUGCAAUACUAAUACUAAUACACUUAUACUACUAUUAAAAUUAAUAGUAGUACGGAUAGUACCACUAAAACAAUAAUUCGUUUGCCGUAUCUCUCUCUCUUACUCGUUGUAUUCUCUGACAACUAUCACCUAUCCUUGUAGGUUAUUUCAGUAGACAAGUAAAUAAAUAAAUAAAUAAAUAACACACACCUAAAUUUCGCCCUCCUUAUACAGGGGCCUGAAAUCAGUAUGCUGAUCUUACGCAGUCGAACUGACGACUCAAUAGUUCAGUUUCAUUUCAGAGCUUUGAUUCCCCAUACUCUGUUUGUAUGUGUGGGUGCGUGUGUGUGUGUGCGUUCCUUUCAUUUGCCUUACAAAGAGAAUAUUCAGAAAUUUCUUUAUUAUACCAACACACAUAUAAGAUUAUAUAAUAUCCUCCUGACCGACCGCUCCCCUCCCCGCACCUUUUUCCAAACUUUCUAUUGACUUCCUCUCUUUUCUACCUUUGUAUAUCGAUUGAUUUUGCCUUGCUGUUGUUGAUGUGCUGAAGGUUUUCUUUUCGUUUUUCCUGUUUUUUAUUCCCAUAUUCUAUAUUCUUUUUUCUCAAAAAGGAAAGACGAAUAAUAAUAAUAAUAUUAAUAAUAAAUAAAUUAUUGAUUUUUAGUUUUUACUUACUCUAUUCAUUUACUUUUGAGUCGUCCUUUCUGUGCAUGAAUUAUUCUCCGUAUGUGUGUUGAAGUUGGUAGUACAUAACACCGUCCAAUGGCUAACUAUUUUCUGUUUGUAGCCCACCCCCCACCCGCCUUAAGAAUGACCAGCUAUAUUUUUGUGAGUAGUAUAGUGAAAACUGAUAUCUGUGUAUGGCAUUUUCUCAAGUAUUGAAGACAUUACUAGCCUACCUGUAUUAUUAUUACUAUUAUUAAUAAUAAUAUUAUUAUUAUUUGUAUUUUCAGUUUUUAUGGG